AUGUUGACUCAAAUCCCUCUCACAUCCUCUUUGGCUUCCCUAUCGAUUCGUCUCCAUUCCUCAUUGACUCAUCGUUUCCCCGCCAGCGCCGUUCAAUCCUCUAUUGUCUCUUCAGAUCUCUUAGUAUAUCUGCUCAGCCCCAACCGAAGAAGAAGGAGAGCUGACUCUCAAAUCCUCAAUGGCGACUCGCCCGUCGGGUGGCUGAAUGUCGUGAUACUCGGUGAGUCUCUUGCAUCCGAGGAGGACGAUCUCGUAUUUCCCGGUCAGGAUUUCUCCCAACAGUACUUGGAGUUGGAGAUAUACAACAGAUCAAUUGAAGAUCCUGGUGGCUUUUGGUAUGAUAUUGCGCAUCAGAAUUCUAUUGGAAAGAGAAAUGGGGUCAAUAGGUUUACUCAGAGAAUCUUGAUGUUACAAAUGGGAACAUCAAAAUUGAGAUGUUUGGGGCUAAUUGCAAACAUGGCCCUUCUCAGGCAGAUGUUUGGGGAAUUGAAGAAAACCCUAGUUAUGGCCCUUCUCAGGAAGAUGUUUAGGGCUAGUGUCGAGAAGGUGCAAGUGGAGAAAAAAACCUGGAAAGUUGAUACUAGCAAAAAGAUUAUAGACAGCUUACACUCCUUUUGUUCUUCAAGCUGUUCUUCCUUCAAGGAGGUAUUGUUAUUGGACAAUGAGAUUGCGUUUAAUGAGGCGAUUAUUGAGGAAAGAGAAAUACAUAAUCAAAUUGGGGAAGUAAAUAAGAUUUUUAAAGAUCUUGCUGUUUUGGUUCAUGAACAAGGAGCCAUGAUUGAUGAUAUCGGGUCAAAUAUUGAGAAUUCUCAUGCUGCAACUGCACAAGCAAGAAUCCAGCUUUCAGAAAGUAUAUUUAUUGGUGGUAAGGGACCAAUUUCCGAUGGAUAUUCCGUUGCUAAAGUCGUCGCCAGGAAAAACAAGUCCGUCGCUACAUCUCUAGCUAAGUCAUUAGCCACGUUAUAUUUGGCUAUGGAGUAA